GACACAAACCAAUAUGUGUCGACAGCCAUUCUACCUCCUGUAGGACUUGUCCUGAUGUCUGUACUGCUUCUGGUGGCCUUCUGCAUCUGGAGAAGAAGAUCGAACAAGACGGAACAAUGUAGAGAGCUCAGCUCAUUUGUGAUGGGCGUGGCAUACAAUAGAAACGCCCAACCAACAGGUGCAAUGACAGGAAAUCUCCAGGAGGCAAGCGUAUCUCUAGACGGUUACACAAGUCUUCGCUUCCUCGAGGUAGAUGAAGGAUCACACGACACAAGCUGUGAUGACACAUUGAACAUCAACCCAGCAACUAAAGAUAUGACCCUUGACCCCGAGAGUCUGCAGGGUUUCAGCGGUUAUUCAGAAGACAACGGACGUCUUGGUGACGUAGCAGCAUUUGACACACACUGUGAUGACAUUUCAAUCAUUCACCGUGCAACUGAAGAUAUGACCCUUGAUGAAGUGAUUGCAUAUUGUUUCGGCGUUUCUGCAGAUGACAACGCACGUCUUGGGGAUACAGCAGCAUUUGACACAAACUGUGACGACACAACAAAGCUCCACCUAUCAACUGAAGAUAUGACCCAUGACCAGGUGAUUCUACAUGGUUUCGGCGUUUCUCCAGAUGUCAAGACAAGUCUUCUAGACGUGGCAAAACUCCAAAUAGUAACUGAAGUUCUGACCCUUGACUCGGUAAUGCUACAGCAUCCAACAGGUUCUCCGAAUGCCAAUGCACUCCAACAAGUCACUGAAGAUCUGACUCUUGACCCAGUAAGUGUACAGGAUGAAAGAGGUUCUCCACAUGGCAAUGAACGUCAUUGUGAGGAAGCAACACUCCAUGGCGUACAUGUGAGAACACUCGACACACUCUGUGAUGAGACAUCAAACGACCUCCCAACAACUGAAGAUGGGACCCUUGACUCAGUGCGUCUACAGAAACCAAUCGGAUAUCUAGAUGACCAAACAUGUCUUGGUGACGUCGGCACACUCGCUCCUUGCCGUCAUGUUACGUCAUACCCAGUCCCUGGAGAUAUGACCCUUGACCCGGUGAGCCUAGAGGAAAAGGAAGAGGAUGCAGAGUACACUGUCAUCGAUGACAAUGAUGUGGAGGACCUCUUAAAGGACGACCCUUAUGAAACGAUAGAGUCUGUCGAUGACAAUGAUGAUGAUAACAUCUCACAGGAAGACCCUUAUGAUAGAGAUAAAUUUGUAGUUGCCUUUGACGAGAUAUUAGCCAACCAAUAAGUAUAAUGAAAGGAAAAUGUCAUAAUUAUUUGCUAUAGAUAAUGUAAGAUGUUAAUGAAUCUCUUCUAUAAGGACCGAUUUGGUACCGGUCUACCAACAGCAAACUAUCAUUGCAGCCAUCAGGGGUGUCAGGAUAAGUUCAUAAUUUAAUGGCUAAAGUUUCUCUUGCGCGCAGGGUGAAUGGGUUCAAAUUCCAAGAUGAACACGUUAUGUACAUUAUAUGUAGGAUUUUGUGCAUGUGAUCCUAUGGUGGUUGGAUGCCAAAGAGUAAAUUCCAGGAUCAUAUGUUGUGUAACCUGGAGGAAUUGCAUAGCUUGUGGUGAAUCUUUGUUGAAUUCCCACAUGGGCACAAUGAAUGUCAAAUGAUAUUUUCUUUUAUUUACUAAUACAGAUGGACAUGAAGACCAGUUUAUAAAUAUGCAUGAUUACAUUAUGUACAUAUUAUAUUAGCUUAUGUAGGUUUGACUUUGAUAUUGUAGAUUAGCAGCCAUGCCAGUUUUGCAAAUAAAAUAAUCUUAAAGCUU